ACACACACACACACAGACACACACGCACGCACGCACACGAGGCGGAGGCAGGUUAAAGCAUGAAGCAGAAGAAGGGGCGAUAACAAGUGGAAUUUUGCUCUAAGAGGAUUAUCACGGUCGUUAGUCACUCUUGUCAAUGGAUGACCGGUUCGCCGGUUGGACACAGCGGCCGACAGUAACUAAACCGGGCAAGGAAACCGAUCACAAUACACCUGGGAGUCUGAUGCCGCUUUGAAUCGGUGGUAUAUGCAGUAUAUGCACUUAGCAAAAUGACCGAUGAGAGUUUCUAUCUGCUGGGAGCGCACAGGAAUCCGUCAAACGGACUGCGAUUGCACCGGAGAGCGGUUUCAUGAAAGGGAGGGUGUUUGUUGACAGGCUGUUUCUGACAUGAAGACCCGACCUGCGGGGAUCGGCAAUGUCAAUGCCGACUGGAUGGGUUCGCUCCCCUCUAAGCUCAGUGCCAUGCCCCUCAAACACCUCGCUGUGCCAGGGUCUCAUGAUUCUUUCACCUACUGGGUGGACGUGCAUGCUCCUGUGGGUCCCGAUCAGAAGGCAUAUGUGAAGUACCUGGCCACUAUGUUCAGCGUCAUAGCCAAGAAAGUCAUGGUGAAGUGGUCCAUGACCCAGAAUCUGACAUUUAAAGAGCAGCUGGAUGCAGGAAUUCGCUACUUUGAUCUCAGGGUCUCCUCCAAACCAGGCGAGCCUGGAAAUGAGAUCUACUUCAUCCAUGGUCUGUUUGGCCACAAGGUGAAGGAUGGCUUGUUAGAAAUUAACUCCUUCUUAAGCAGACACAGAAAAGAGGUAGUGUUUCUGGACUUCAACCACUACUAUGCAAUGGACGCAGAGCAUCAUGUUUACCUCAUCACCAUGCUCCAGGAAGUGUUUGGCAGCAAGCUUUGUAAAAACUGCGCAGUGGAGGGCAUCACUCUGGACUACCUCUGGGAGAAGAAACACCAGGUGAUAGUGUUCUACCAUCAUCCAUCAGCUCAGAACAUCGCAGCCAUGUGGCCAGGAAACAAGAUUCCUGCUCCCUGGGCAAACACCACCGACCCAAGCAAGCUCAUACAGUUCCUGGAAACUACACUGAACGAAAGAGCCAAGCAGGGCUCCUUCCAUGUGUCUCAGGCCAUCCUCACACCCAGACCUAACACUGUGGCCAAGGGCCUGGUCUGGGGGCUGCGUAACUACCUGGUGGAAAGAAACCUGCCAACCAUCAUGUCCUGGGUUGAGGCUCAAAAGCCGGGGGCGAACGGGGUCAACAUCAUCACCUCUGACUUUGUGGAGCUCACAGACUUUGCCAACGUUGUCAUCAAACUCAACAACUUGCUGUUGUCUGAAAAGGGCUACAAACCAAGAUGACGCAUGUCUGCAUAACGGGACAAAUGCGUGCUGACAUGCUGACCCACCAUAUGGUGGAUGCUGGAAGUCGGAUUGCAGAUUCCUUUUCCACUGUUGGAGUCCUGAGAAUUUGUUUCUAAACAAAUUCUAUGACGGUAGUUUUAAUAAUUUAUUAUAAUAAAGUAGUCAUUUUAAUCAGGAAGUUUUACCAUCAGCAAGCAAAUAGCCAACAAGGUUUCAUCAUCUUGCUCAAGGACACAGCAGUAAGAUGCACAGGGAUACUGUAUGUGCCAGGUAGAUACUUGAAUGACCCUUAAAAACCUUUAAACCCUACAGGAAUUUAUCAACUAACUUCUGGAGUUUUGAACGUCACAGUUAUGGUUGCAGCUGACUCUCUCAGCCACAGUAUCAAGCAAAAGUCCAAAAGAGGGAAAGAAGAUGGAACUCGGAUCACAGACCACGGGCAUGCCCAGUGGCAUUUAUUUUUCCACCAUCGUGAGGUCAACCAAAUCAGUCAUACCACAGCUCUGGCUUCAUUUCUGGAUUCCUUUUUCCUACAUUCCCUUCUGGGGUUAGGAUUACUGGAAAUAUCACAUUGCUACUCUCUAAUGGCAAUGCAGCACAGGUCACCAUGCAGAAACAGACUCAUAGCUACCUGUCACCUGGACAAUGAUCACACGAGUCAGUGCGGUUUCAACACCAUUAAAUGUUCCUAUCACGUCACAGGUUUUUGAAUUGAUUUAAUUUUUAAAGCCAGGAUCACAUAUUGCACUUCUUUUUCCUUUUGUUUUUGAAAUACCAUAUGUAAAGAUGUAUUUAAAGUAUCAACUUGAAUAUUAGGUAUAGGUAUUUAAAUGAAUUGGAAUGAAUUUCAUUAACAAACAUUUUUAGGUUUGAAAGCAAAUGCUUGAUAUGGAAUUUGUUUACAUUGAUAUAAUAAUUAUAAACACUUUGCCGGUGAGCUAAAGUUGGAUUUCUAACUAUGCACUUGGUGUUUUUCCAAUAAUUAAAUGAACUUAAAUAAAAGUGGAGGCUGUAUUUCUGUUUCUAUGUUAAGCAAAGUCACAGCUUGUGAAAGAGGACUGUGCCAACAUGUCUUGGUACUUAUAGUGAGUCUGUAUAGUUUAACUAGACAUGUAAACAGUGGUCUUUAGGGGAGAAUUGCAGAGGGAAAGCUAAA